AUGUCUGACAACACCCACCCCCAGCUCUCCCUUAUGAGCAAAAAGUAUUGGUGCAGAGGGCCCUCCAGAAGCAAUUGUGAGAUUGUGGCAGACUCAGAAAGCGGUCGAAACACACACAGGUCCCAAGUGAUAGAUUUAAACAGAAGGGGGCUGUUUGUGAAAGUCACAAAUCUCCGAUUUGAUGAUGCUGGAGCGUACUGGGUUGGGAUUGAUAAGAUAUAUGCUGACAUCAUGACCCAAGUCAAAGUGAUUAUCACUGAAGGUAAGAAUAAAAGUUUUGUGUCAGUUCCAGUGUCCAAGCCCCGACUUUGGCCCCUGAGCUCUCUGGUGGACAGGCCAACAUGUUGGGGGAAGUCAGUUACCUUACGCUGUGAUUGUGCAAAGGGCACUGGUGUUCGUUAUGCCUGGUAUCAGCACAUUGACAGCAAGGACUUCCUGCUUCAUAAGUCUUCAGACUUGUACCUUCACUGUGGCACUGUUCAAAAGGACUGUAGUUAUUUCUGUAUUGGCAGUAAUGAAAUAAGCAGUGAGAAGAGUGAGCUCAUCUCUGUGCAGGUUCUGAUGCCUGCAAACAGUAGCUGUAUCUAUGUUGUUAAUAUUCAGGCUGAGGGUAAGGACAUAGAAAGACCAGUAAAUCAAGAGCUUCACCACCACAGACCAGUACAAGUCCACAUCACUGCAGCCGCAGCACUAAUCCAUCAGUCAAUCUCCCGCUCCCCUCUCCUGCCACUUCACACUCGGCUGCGAACCACUCCAGUGCAAGCUGGAGGCCACAACCUGUAUCCUGUAUCCAAGGUGCGCAUGUGUGAGCGUCUGGUGCAGGUGGGGGAUGGAGAACGAGUGUGA